UAUAUACAUUACAUUAAAUGGAAUUGAAAUCAAUUGAUGUUAUUGAGUAUAAAAUAAAGUAGUAUCGUUCAUAUCAACAGUUUCGCACUAAUAUACAACACAUCAACAGCGAUAUCAACGUUCAUUUUUAGUGCAUAUCAUUUUCAGAAUGAUUAUUUCCACUCACAACGUCAUCAUGGCGCUCAUAUACUGGUAAAAGUAACAAAUUCAUGGCUUUUGUUACGUUCUCGUUUAUCGUCAGAUCAUAACUUUACGCUGAUUUAAGAACCCAACACCGUAACUGAAAUGUGAAAAUUGUACAAAGUGUUAUGAGACUCAUCAUAAAAUCUAAUAAACUAAGUCAUGAAAUUUCCAAAUUUUUAACGACCAAAGAAAAUUGUUUAUCAUUCGUUCUUUCCUCCCUGUCAACCAGAUCAUACUUGAUUUUUUUUUCUGUGUUUGUUCUUGUUUUGCACGAAUCCGUUCGUUUUCCAUGUGAUGCGACCAGUCCGCCAAUCAUAGCAAGUUCGAAUUUGCAGAUUAGUGUUAAAACCUUUGAAUUGAUCCCAAUUCACUUUGCAAUUUUUCUCUCUUGAAAAUCAAACACACAAUACGUAUUGCGGUGCACGUAAUUAUAUUGGCAACAACAACAACAAUUCCGACGACGAAAAAAAUGAUGUCUACAGUAAAGAGCUUCAUCGAAAUGAAUACGGCCUUAGCGAUUUCAACCGGAUUUAUUGGUUUGUGUUGUCUGCUCGCAGCAAUUGCACGAAUUGUUGUGUCGCGUACGGUUAAAUCAUGUCUCGUAAAGGAGCUGCUGUAUGAGGCGAUAGCAGCGGCUGAGCUGUGCUCAUGCUGUUUUGAACUGAUUAUUGUUGCCGACAAUUUUGGCGUAGCGGUUUAUGCGAUAUUUCUGUUCUUUUUGACGAUUUUGUGGUCAAUGGUUUGGGGAGAUGCUACAGCAUGUUGCUACAUACAGAUUGAAGAUUGGCUUGAGGGGAAGACUUCAUUGCGUUUGGUAUUGUUAAAAACAUGGGCGCAAAUUAUGGGCGGUUGCUGUGUCUAUCGUUUUGUGCAAAUAUUUUGGUGGUUUGAAUUUGCCCAGACACACGAAGGACGAGCUUUUGAAAAUUGCACAACUGAUUUACAAGUGAACGCUUAUUUGGGAGCAUUCAUUGAAGGGUUUGCAACGUUACUCUGCAGACUAGCUAGCCGAACAAUUGCUGAUGUGGGAAUGCGGCAUGCAACAUUCAUUGAUUCAUUUAUUGGUACCAGUCUCGUCGUCGCUGCUUUCAAUUAUUCUGGUGGUUACUUCAAUCCGAUAUUGGCAACUGCUUUGAAAUGGGGUUGCAGUGGUUAUAGCAAUAUCGAUCAUAUUAUUGUUUACUGGAUUGGGGCAUGCACGGGUGCUGUGUUAUCGGUGCCAUUGUAUAAAUAUGAUGUAAUUAAGAAGGUCGUUGGUGAGGAGAGUUUGGCAAAACUAAAACCGAAAGCCGAUUAAUUUUAUACAAUUGUUUCAACCCGUCCGCCGCCACCGCCGCCGUUGGCACCCGUUGGUUUUAUUUCGUUCGCUCUUUGUUUUCCAAAGUUGAAUUCAUAUAAGGCAAAUACUUCAAUUUAGGCUUUGUAUUUUCUAAAUCGGAUCCCGUUUUACAUGAUACACGUUCGCGUUUUACCCCAUUCAAAUCGAUUGUAAAUGAGUGCGAGCAUAAUUUUAGCUUUGAAUGUACACACGCACGCAUUUGUGCACAGGCAGUGAAUUUAAUUACAAUAUCGCAUCGUAUCGUGAGAAUAAGUUGAAUUAGUGCGCAAUUUGUGCCACAUGUACGUACAUUUUUGUUUUCGUUUAUCAUGUACGCCAUUUUUUUUUCUGUUUGAUAAAAUAAAUUCCAUAUAAUAAAAUAUUUCUCGUUCAUA